AUGUCGAUCAAGGAGCCAAGAUCCGUUUUCGAUCGGGACCCUCAGACCCAACCGUCACGACCUGCGAGUGUCUUCUCCGCUCAGUCGAUUGAUACCGUCGUGGCGGAUCAGGGCUACCGAGGCUUUCCUUCUGAGCAAGCAUACCUCGACGCGCUAAAGGCAUGGGCACAAUCAAAGAUGUACUAUGAGGCGGAUGACCAAUUGAGCGGGUUCUAUGGCAAGAAAACGGUCGACGAUAUCCUCAGCAAACAAGGAACAACCAGGGGUACGAAGAAGAGCACUAGAGAACAGCGAAGGGCGACGGUAGCUCCUCAGCUCGACACAGUCGCCGAACACAAUGGUAGUGCCGCAGCGUUGUCACGGCACAGUUCCGCGAACGCAGCUGUGGAUAAUUCGACUACACCAGCGGAGAGCAAAGGGAGCAGGUUGAAGCGCGUCUUUGGUCGACGGAAGACGAUCGUAUAG